AUGUACUCGUGUUUCAGUGGAACAUGGCCUUUUUCAGUUAAUUCAUUUGGACUUAGACAGUUUCUAGUUACUUUAUGUACGAAUGUCAAAGUCAAUAGUUAUUCAAAUCCAACAAUCACAGAUCAACAAACAUCAAUUUACUGCCCACACAGAACAACUUUACAGAUUUUCGAUGCAUAUUAUAGUCAAGUACUUGACAAAAAUUCUGAAUGUUCAAAAUCUUCUGAGUAUACUGGAAAUAAUCAAAAGUAUUUAAGUGGAUCAAAUACACAGUUCAGUCUAAUGUCUGAAUGUUAUGCUAAAUCUGUUGGACAGAUUGUCAAACGAUUAUGUGAUGGUACAAAUAAAUGUGAUCCAGUUCAUCAGUUAAAGCAGGAGAAUAUCACAACCUGCCCGUACCCAUCGUUUCUACAAGUGAAUUAUACAUGCCUUCCAGUUUAUUCCAAACAAGAAGUUAUUUGUGCAGAUUCUUAUGUUGAAUUAUCUUGUAAAGUGUUUUCUUUGGAUAUGGGAUUAAUAAUACUAGAAGCUGUGCUUAACUACAAUCUUUCUACACAACCAACUUCAACUUCCGAAACAAAUUUACAGAAAUGUUCAAGAUCAAAUACAAAUCUUCCUUGUCCUUCAGUUGACUCUAUCUCAAUUAUUUCAAAUAAAUGUAAUGGAUAUUCAACAUGUACCGUUAGUCCAAAUCUAGUGCUUGAGUCGUUUUAUCGAGUUAAUUCGAAAAAAUCUACUCUUCUUAAACAAAUUUCGUGUGCGAAAUCCUAUCUAUACUUAAGAUAUACGUGUGUACAUAAUUUAUUGCUGGAUAAUACUCUUCGUCUGGAGGAUUCAAAAAAUUCAAUCAAACUCCGAGAAAAACACACUUUCAAACCAAAGAAACGAGUAAACAAGUCAAGUGGAAAUGGAAAGAUUCACCAAAAAAUGAAUGAUAUAAAUGUGAUGAUAUUCAAUGAUAAUUCAAGCAUUUACUCUGGUCAAAGAGAUGUAAUAAAUUCGCAAAUGAAUUCUAUGGAACAUAAACCAAAGAGUUCAAGCAUUGUAAUCAAUGACGAAAUAUUAAGUGUACUCAAUGAAUUGUCUGUUUCACCAAAAACGAAAUCAACUCACAUUUAUCUUUCUGCUCUACUCCCUGCAGUACUGUGUAUAAUUGUUAGUUGUAUAUUUGCUAUAGCUAUUUUAUGUCACAGAAAGCAACUAUUCAAGAAGAAACUUAAAUCUAACAACAUUUCUAGAAUAUUAUACAAUCCAACCUACUGUGAUCGACAUUCCACAUAUAAUGUUACAGUCGAUGAUAACAAUCAUGAAACUGUAUGUCAGUCGGAAAUGCAAGUGAAUCAUUCAUAUUCAAGUAAACCUAUGAAGAAUUUUAUAUCGGAAUGGACGGACAGAGAGAAUUUCACUCCUUAUUUACAAUCAUUGCAACAACCAAAUAGUCCAACUAGUCAUCUCACACAGCAUUGUCCCAAUUGUAACAAUGAACAAAACGAUAUAUCACAAUUACUUCACUAUCAAAAUAUUUUAUGUAAUGAUAAUGAAAUUAUUAGUAAUAACAAUAUUGUAAAUCAAUCAGUUAAAGCUAAUUCAAGUUCAAGCGGUCGAAUGACUAGUACAGAAAACUCAUUUCCUCUAAAUAGUCCUGAAAUAAUAACCAGUAAAAUGGAGACGCAUUCUCCAUCGGCAGUCACGUGUUUAUCUCAUGGAUUUAUCAACAGUUCAAUAAACCAUCCUGAUCAAUGUUGUUCAUCUCACUUUAAACAUACCGAUAGUUUAAUUUAUUGCAAUUUUACAAACUGUACCAAUAAUAAAUAUAAUAAUAAUAAUAAUAACAGAAAACAAACUAGUCAACAAAUCAGUACGCUUGGAUCAAAUGAACAAGAGAAUGAUAUUACACCUAGACAAAUUUUUCCUCUCAGCGACAGAUUAGGAAAUAAUACAAAAUUAUAUUAUUAUCAAAAUGAUGACCUAAUUCCUAAUUUUCAUGCGAAGUUACAUGAUGGUAAUAUUUAUGAAAAAGAAAAUAACACUAUCAGUUUACAACAGAAACCUGUAAGUGAUUUAUCGAUGAAUGCCUCAGAGCAGCAAAUGGACUAUAAAAUUAAAUGUCGACUAGCACCACCAUUAUUUAGUUCCGGAGAUGAAUUGUUACCAAAUUAUAUGAUGAAUACCAAAUCACCUAUUCACCUCAAAUACGGUGUGAUACCGGUGGUUCGAUACCCUUACGAUUCAGAAGAUCACUUAGAUGAUUCAGAUUCUGAUGUACAAAAGUAUCCUCAAGCUAGAGAUUCAUUGAACUUUUCGAGAAAUUGCGAAAAUAAACCUGAUGUAUGUUUGACUGAUAGCAAAAAUGAUUCGAAACAAAAGUAUUCACUGUCCAACUCAACAACAUUUCAUAUGUUAGAUCCUAAACGAAGUCAGUUAUCUCGCACAGCAUCAGAUCAUAAAGUUCAAAAUCCAGUCAGCCCUUCACUAAUCAGAAGUGUCACUUCACAAGUAACUAAUAAUUCAGUUAACUCAUUUAUUAAAAUAUCCGAACCACUUACUAAAACAAUUUGUACAAUACAAUCGAAAAAUGUUUUAAAUGAUGCACAUAGUUCAGAGAAUCACAUGCAAUCUUCACCAAUAAAUAUUGAAAACCAAUGUUUUAUUUAUGAUUCAAACAAAUUAUCUGCAGUUAAUGAUAAUCAUGAUCUUUCUAAUAGUAUGUGCCGUUCCCUACAACCAUAA